AUGUCGAAUAAUGAUAAUAAUAUACAACCUCAAAAUGUUAGAUUACGUAAACGAACACCACAAAUGAUUUCAAAUAUUGAAAAUGCAAGAGAUAAAAGAAAAUCCGAAGUUUUAAUAGCUGCACAAUCCUUAGAUAAUGAAAUUCAAAGUGUUAAACAAUUAAAACGUUUAUCAAUUGGUUCAUUAGAUUUAUUAAUUGAUCCUGAAUUAGAAUUUAGAGUGAAUAAUAACAACAACAACAACAACAAUAAUACUAUAUCCACUUCAUCGAAUGAUUUAAAUUCAAUUAAGAGAAAAUCUUGGAUUUCAAAUAGUAAUAAUACUAGUAUAAAUAAUUUAUCUGAUCAAUCUUUGGAAAGCAAUGAUUCAACUAUUGAUUCUGAUAGUAUUGUUAAUAGUAGUAUAGAUGUUACAAGAGCAGAAUAUCUUCAUGAUGAAUCAACACAAAAUGCAUUAGCUGAAGAAUCUUCAACAACGCCGUCAAGAUUUACUUCAUCUUCAACAAUUAAUAGUAGCACAACAACAAGACAUUUAUCAGGGAUUAAUUCAUUAAGGAGAGGUUCACAUAAUGUUGGAACAAGACGUACAUUAUCUGCAAAUACAUUAACUGAUAAUGAACAAGAUGAAGACGAAGAUUUUACUAAUCAUUUAUUAUGGGUACCUGCAAAUCAACAUCCAAAUGUUAAACCUGAAAAUUAUAUAGAAUUAGUUCAAGAUGCAUUGCAUAAUAUUCAAAUUCAAGAUAGUAAUGAAGAUAAUGAUAAUGACAAUAAUAGUAAUCAAGGACAAAAUGAGAUUUCAUUAAAUCAAAAUAAAGAAAAUUUACAACGAAGGAAGAGUAAUGUCAGUAACAGUAAUAAUAAUAUUAAUAAUAAUAAGAAAAAGAAAAAAUAUAAUCGCACAUUGGUUAGAAGACCCUCAAGUCUUAGAAAAUCAUAUACUGAAUUAUCUGAAAAUUCAGAUCAUACAUCAUUAGAUGAUAAUGAGGACAACAAGAAUGUUGUAUUGAAUAUGAAGAGAAAUAGCCAUUCUAAUCAAAGAACAGCAUCAUUGAAAGAUAUUACUGAAGAAUUAACUAAAAUAUCAAAUAAUGCAGGUCUAACAAAUUCUGAUGCUAUUACAUUAGCAAGAACAUUAAGCAUGGCAGGUUCAUUUACCGGAAUGGAUGAUGAAGCUUUAUUAGAUGAUGGUAGUAAUUCAAAUCUUGAUGAUAAUAAUAACAAUAAUAAUAUUUUACAAUCUCAAGAUAUUAAAACAAAUAAUGAUAAUAGUGAAAGUAAUUCUGUAGAUGAGUUUGCAUCUAAAAUGUUUAUGAAAAAUGGACUCACAAUACCCCAACGAUCUUCUCUUAGAAGAAGUAAAUUUAACACUUAUAGAAUAAGAUCGGCAGAUUCAACUACUACUACUACUACUACAGACAACACAAGAGACACAAAGAGACACUCUAGUGACAUAGUACAAAGAGAAUCUCUAAUUAAUGAUGAUACUAAAACAUUACAUAUGCCUCAUUCUCCAAUUGCAUUCAAUAAUGACUCUCCUUCAACAAUUGCAUCCGCUGAAUCACCUGGAUCUAUCAGCGACUUAUAUGAUCACUAUACCCAACUAAAUAAGGGAUCGAAGACAGAUCUCGAAGAAAACAGUGACGAAGAUAGUAAUAUUCUAGAUAAUGACGACGACGAAAUAGAUACUUCAGGUCCAGCCUCACAGGAUAGUAGUCUUCUUUCAAGUGAUAGUGUCUUAUACAGGCCAUCUCAAUCUACAAAUGUGAGAGGUAGUUCAAAUGUUUCAUUAUUGCAUGAAAAUACAGAAGCAUUGAUGAAUAACGAUAAUACAUCUUCUUAUACACCUUUACUAAACAAUAACACCACAACGUCUCGUCCCGGUAACGACAACAACAACAACAACAAUAACAAUGACAAUUGGUCAUGGUCCGGAAAAUCAGAAAACCAUCACUAUAAUGAUCACACAAAUGAAAGCCGUGACCUGAUAGACAAUACACAUUCUGAAGCUAAUGUCAAUUUGAAAAAUAGAAGUAAUCAUUCAAAAAAUCGUCAUAAACCUAUAUUAAACAUUUCCAAUACUAAUAGAAAUUCUGAUUUCACCUCUAAUCCUAAAAUUACGUAUAAAACAAAUACAGUAAGUGAAAGACCUACAUUAAAAAAAUCAAGCGCAGAUAAUAUUGUAUUAGCUGAAACUACUGAACAUAGAUCAUCUAAAGCUCCAUCCUCAUCCUCAUCUUACAACGGAUCAGAAUCGAAUGUAACUACAAACUCCGAAAUAUCUUCCCAUGCCACUGUACUUGACGAGAAUAAGGAUAAUAACACAAACAUUGUACCCAAGAAACCUUCAUUAGAAGAGAAGCUAGUUAAAUUAUUCAAAAGAAGAACUCAUCGUCGGAGAUCAUCGAACUCCAAUAACCAAUCUGUUACAAAGACAAAUGAGUCUGGAGUUCAAGAGGAAUUGAAAAAGAAGAUCUCCAAGUUCCGUAAGCAUCAAAGAAAACAACCUACGUCAGUAAAUCCUGCAGUAGAAAUAAGUCCUGUCGUAGAUGAGAAGCAAGCAACUGUGCCACAAAGGAUCCAGUCACACGAUACAUCACCAGUACAUAGAGAUAAUCUACAGUCACCCGAGCCAACACAUUCUUCUGAAGAUGACGAAUUACCAACUCUACAACCAGCUGUCAGCGUUACAAGCACCAAAAAUAAAGAACCCGGAUCGCCGACAAUUCAAACUGAUAUACCAGGGAAUGAAUCCGGAAAUUCACCUUUUACAGAGACGGUACAUGAAUUGGAUGGCGAUGAUUCACAGGAUAUCAGUGCUAAUUCUGAAUCCAUUGUAAAUACAUCCUUCAAGAGUGAGUCAUCUGCGUUGAACCUCGAGUCAAACAAAUCUUUGGAUCAAGUCGAUACAUCUGCAGAUAUUAGCCAAGCAACAGUAGUAGCCCCUUCUCAAUCCCCUGUAUCAUCUAGUCUUCCGCCACGGAGAUUGACAUUUGCAGAUGUGAAAAGGCCAGAAAAACCGAACGCACCAAUUAAAUUUACAGAUAGUGCAUUUGGAUUCCCCUUACCAGAGCUGACAAACUCAACUGUUAUCAUGUUUGAUCAUCGACUUGGAAUUAAUGUUGAACGUGCUAUCUAUCGUUUAAGUCAUUUGAAAUUAAGUGACUCGAAGAGGGAAUUACGUCAACAAGUACUACUGAGUAAUUUUAUGUAUUCGUACCUGAAUUUAGUGAAUCAUACCCUAUACUUGGAACAAUCUGAUGCCAACACCACUGGCGAUUUUGAUGAUUACAACAGUGAUGAACAAGAUAUUGAAAUUGAAGAUGAAACCAAUCAAUCUUCUGAAAAUAAUGCGAAUAAAUAUCAGAACCGAGCCAUUGAAGGAAGUAGGAAUGACCCGAGGGCAGUUACACAAAAUGGUGGACUUCUAUAUAAUGGACAAUCCAGUGGAAACUCAAACGUUGAGUACACAACUGAACAUAACAAUUCCAAUGGUACAAUCCUUAUACCAGACAUAUAG